AUGUAUUCUCGCGGAUCCUCAACAACCCAGCAGCCAAUAGUUAUCUAUGACGGUCACAAGGAGGAAGUUAGUGCGGUUGGGUUUUCUCCUGAUGGCAAAUCGGUGAUAUCCGGCUCUUACGAUAGAACUAUUCGAAUAUGGGAUUCUAAAAGUCCUCAGUCAAAAGGACAACCAUUGAGGGGUCACUCCGGCCAAAUUUAUUCUAUCUCGGUGUCUCCUCUAGGCAACAUACUUGCUUCUGGGUCGGCUGACCAUACAGUUCGCCUCUGGAAUAUAGAUGCUGGUUUGCCAAAUUUGGUGGGAGAACCACUUGAAGGACACCAAAAAGCCAUCAACUCUGUGGCAUUCUCCCCGAGAAAUAAUCUUGUCGUGUCAGGGUCCAGCGACAACACUCUACGGCUUUGGGACACGCGGGGGAAGCGUUCAUUUACCCCUUUUAAAGGCCAUCAUGAUUGGGUAAAGUCGGUGGCUUUUUCAUAUCAUGAUAACACUAUAGUUUCUGGCUCGCUUGAUGGCACGAUACGUCUGUGGGACGUUGAACAGGGACGAAAUGUACUGGCGAUGUUUAACGAAAGUAACAAGGCCAUUUACUCAACUCAAUUUUCUCCUGAAGGAUCUCUCUUAGCUUCUGGAUCUACAAAUAAACUCUUACAAAUUUGGGAUAUUCGUAGCGGGAAGAUGGUCCUUCGACCAUUCAAAGGCCACACCAACUGUGUAGCAUCUGUUGCGUUUUGCCCAAGUGGAAACUAUGUUGCUUCUGGGUCAUGGGAUAGAUCCGUACGUGUAUGGGACUUACGACAAGAAGCCGCAUUGAUCACCCUACCUCAAAUGCAUGGUGGCCUGGUCAAUUCCGUUGCCUGGUCUCCUUCGGGUGAAUGCAUUGCCUCCGGGUCAUACGAUUGUACAAUUUUGGUUCAGAACAUCGGUGGACUAGAGUCAGGCUUUGACCACUCUGCAAAUACUAUUGGAAUCCUUUCUCAAAGGAGUGCAAGUGACGCCACAGUUGAGAAGGUCGUAGGGAGUUCGUCGCCAACCUUAUAUCGAACUAUUUCAGAUACAAAAAAUCAGUCUAGCCAACCGGGUGGGAGUGAAAAUGAUACAGUAACAAUUGGUCGCCACAUGACCAUCCAAGAAAUGUUUGACCGGCUAAUGGCUCACGGAUGCGUUGACCUUACUUCGAGAAUGAAGACUGACAAAGGCCUGGAGCUGGUGUCUAGGGGAGGGUUCGGUGACAUUUGGAUGGGUAGAUUGGAAGAUGGUACCAAAGUAGCAGUAAAGUCUUUGCGAGCCCGAAUGGUUGAGCAAUGUGAUUAUAAAAGCCUCAAGCACGCCACUCGCGAGAUUCACGUUUGGUCGCUGUUAAACCACGAGAACAUACAUAAAUUAAUGGGAAUAAUUUUGCUGAAGGAUGUCUACUUGGGGAUGGUGUCAGAAUGGAUGGAAAACGGCAAUAUUCAUGAGUAUUCUCGGGCGAACCCUGGUUUCGAUCGAUAUAAGAUGUCUAUCCAUGUUGUCUCAGGCCUAGCAUAUAUGCAUCAAGAGAAUGUGAUACACGGAGAUCUUAAGGCGCUAAACGUUUUAGUAUCAUCUGAGGGUAGCGCCAAACUCACUGACUUCGGUUUGUCGGUUACAUCGGAGGGCAGUUUAGCAUUUUCACACACCAAAGACUCUGCGGCUGGUUCAACUCGAUGGAUGGCACCUGAACGCCUGGAAGCGGAUGAUGCCCCCGCCAGCAAGGAGUCAGAUGUAUAUGCGCUUGGAAUGACAAUUCUGGAGAUUUUCACCGGCAAAGUGCCAUACCCAGAAUGUACUGAUGUGCAGGUUAUGGGCAUGAUUGUGGAUGGAAGAGUUCCAAGUCGCUUAAUGGCCAAUUUUCCAGAUACUCCCAAUGGCAAUCAGAUAUGGGAACAACUCCUAAAUUGCUGGAACUAUAAUCCAUCAGCACGACCAGCUGCAAUGAAAGUAUUAGAGAAGAUCAAGAUUAUAUCUGAAAUGUCGGAUUCGUAA